UCUCCCUCAUUCACCCCUGCACCAAUCACAACCCUUGUUCUCCUCCCUGGAGGUAACCACCAUCCUGCUUCUCUGAUCAUUGUUUUAUUGCUUUUCUUACUUUUCUUAUUUUGCCCUUCAGAAAACUCUGAGCCAAGAGUCAUGACAACCAAACCCAAGCUCUGCUACUUUCGUGGCAGGGGCAGGAUGGAAUUGAUCCACUGGCUGUUGUCUGCAGCUGGAGUAGAGUUUGAAGGAGAAUUUAUUGAAACAAGAGAACAAUAUGAGAAGCUGCAGAAGGUCCAUAGAUGGACACCUGUAUUUGGCCAAGUGCCUAUGGUUGAAAUAGUUGAAAUGGUGCUGAAGACUAGAGCCAUCCUCAGCUACCUUGCUGCCAAGUUCGACCUGUAUGGGAAGAACCUGAAGGAGACAGUAAGGUACCACAGUGCUCAUGAUCACAUGUACGUCCACACAUUGGAUCUCAUGACGAUGAUCGUACUGGCUGCGUUCAAACCCCCUGAGGAAAAAGAGGAGGAUCUUACUUUAAUCGUGAAGAAAGCUAAAACCCGUUACUUCCCGUCUUUGAAAACAAAAGACCGAAGCUGUGGUAGAGCUUUACUAUACCUGGACCAAAACUUUAAUAAGGGUUACAUAAUUUUGGAACCUCUAACAAAACUGAAUGGGAAAAAGCCAAAUGCAAUGAAAGAUUUUGAACGACCACAGAAUUUUCUCGUUGGCAACAGAUUCAGUUGGGCAGACAUACAGCUUCUGGAAGCUAUUUUAAUGGUGGAAGAACUUGAUGCUUCUGUUCUUUCUGACUUCCCUCUACUGAAGGCACUUAAAUCAAGAAUCAGCAGCAUCCCUACAAUUAGUAAGUUCCUGCAGCCUGGGAGUCUGAGGAAGCUGCCCCCAGGUAGCCACUAUGUGGAGGGGGUCAGGAGCAUCCUGCAGUUCUGAUGAAAGCACGGCCUACACUGGUACACUGCCACAGUCCCAUCACAGCAUCCAUACAGGCCGCUGCGAACUGAAACAAACUAUAGAUUCU